AUGACGAGGUCUCAGAAGGUGGAGGAGAAGAAGGCUAGGGUGGAGGAGAGCUUGAUUGUGGAGAAUGUAGCUCUGAUCCCUCUGACUGAGUUCUCAGAGGCUGGCAUUGAAAAGAAAUAUGGAGUUAAGCCUGAUGCUGAGACCCUAGAUAUAGUUAAUACCAUUGCCAGGCAAAAAGGGAUUGUUGUUGUAAUGAAGAUCUAUUGGGGAGACCCCCGCGAAAAGCUAUGUGAAGCCAUUGACAAGAUUCCGUUGAGCUGUCUUGUUAUUGGCAAUAGGGGCCUUGGGACACUCAAGAGGGUUAUUAUGGGCAGUGUUAGCAACUAUGUAGUGAACAAUGGAGCAUGCCCCGUCACCGUUGUCAAGAGCGUGGAAGCACAUGAAGGCUAG